GAGGACUGCCACCCGGAGCAUCAGCCAGGCUCCUCGCGGGCUUCCUCAUGCUCGUGGCUCUGUGCAUCGGCUCCGUCUACAGCGGCUCCAUCACGGCCUUCCUCGUCAUCCCGUUCCGAUCGACCCCCAUCAACUCCGUCGAGGAGAUGCUGGACUCUGACGUGAUCCCCUGCGGCAGGAGCAAGACCAACACCGUCGCCAACAUCAUCAACAAUCCGACUGGGGCACUGUACAGCGUGCGCCACCUGGUGAGGAUCAUGGGUGGGGAGGAGCUCAACACGCAGCAGUACAUGGACCAGGUGGCGAAGGGGACGUAUGCCAUCAUUGACACGCUGAGCUCCGCCAUGGGUCGCGCCAACAGGUUCACGCGGCGAGGGGACCGCUGCAAGUACCACACGAGCAGGGAGAACAUUCAGGUCAACUUGGACACCAUUGCGCUCGCCAGGAACAGCCGCUACACCUCCCGCAUCAACGCCGUCCUGAUGAGCCUCCAGUACUUCGGUUUCAUCCAGAAUGUGAAGAGGAUGCACUACCAGCCCCUGUGUGUUGCCGAGCUCGAGGACAGCGGCCCCACACCCCUCAGACUCGUGCAGGUUUGUGGCCUGUAUCCUGAAACACUUCCGUGCUGCAUCUCCGCUACUUGAAGUUACACGUAUUUUUUUUU